AUGCUGGACCCCUCGUCCAGCGAAGAGGAGUCGGAUGAGAUCGUGGAGGAGGAGAGCGGCAAGGAGGCGCUGGGCUCGGCCGCGUCCGGUGUGCGCCUGUCCCCCAGCCGCACCAGCGAGGGCCCGAUCAGCAAGCAGCAGCUGCAGACAGUCAAGGACCGCUUUCAGGCCUUUCUCAACGGGGAGACCCAGAUCGUGGCUGACGAGGCCUUCAUGAACGCCGUCCAGAGUUACUACGAGGUGUUUCUGAAGAGCGACCGUGUAGCCCGCAUGGUGCAGAGUGGAGGCUGCUCCGCCAACGACUCGCGCGAGGUCUUCAAGAAGCACAUUGAGAAGCGGGUGCGGAGCCUGCCAGAGAUCGAUGGCCUCAGCAAGGAGACUGUGCUGAGCUCCUGGAUGGCCAAGUUCGACGCUAUCUACCGUGGGGAAGAGGACCCCCGCAAGCAGCAGGCCCGCAUGACAGCCAGCGCCGCCUCAGAGCUGAUUCUGAGCAAGGAGCAACUAUAUGAGAUGUUCCAGAACAUUCUCGGUAUCAAGAAAUUCGAGCACCAGCUCCUGUACAAUGCAUGUCAGCUGGACAACCCGGAUGAGCAGGCGGCCCAGAUCAGGCGGGAGCUGGACGGACGUCUCCAAAUGGCAGACCAAAUAGCCAGGGAACGAAAAUUCCCUAAGUUCGUGUCCAAAGAAAUGGAGAACAUGUACAUCGAGGAGCUGAAGUCCUCCGUCAACCUGCUCAUGGCCAACCUGGAGAGCAUGCCUGUGUCCAAGGGCGGAGAGUUCAAGCUCCAGAAGCUGAAGCGCAGCCACAAUGCCUCCAUCAUCGACAUGGGUGAGGAGAGCGAGAACCAGCUGUCCAAGUCAGACGUCGUGCUGUCUUUCUCCUUAGAGGUAGUGAUCAUGGAAGUCCAAGGCCUCAAGUCCUUGGCUCCGAAUCGCAUCGUCUACUGCACGAUGGAGGUGGAAGGAGGGGAGAAGCUGCAGACGGACCAGGCCGAGGCUUCCAAGCCAACGUGGGGCACCCAGGGUGACUUCUCUACAACCCAUGCACUGCCUGCUGUGAAGGUGAAGCUGUUCACAGAAAGCACCGGUGUCCUGGCCCUAGAGGACAAGGAGCUUGGGCGGGUUAUUCUCCACCCUACCCCGAAUAGCCCCAAGCAAUCCGAAUGGCACAAAAUGACAGUUUCCAAAAACUGCCCAGAUCAGGAUCUCAAAAUCAAACUUGCUGUCCGAAUGGAUAAGCCUCAAAACAUGAAGCAUUCUGGGUAUCUGUGGGCCAUUGGGAAGAACGUGUGGAAGAGAUGGAAGAAAAGGUUUUUCGUAUUGGUGCAGGUCAGUCAGUACACAUUUGCCAUGUGCAGUUACCGGGAGAAGAAGGCGGAGCCGCAGGAGCUGCUGCAGCUGGAUGGCUACACUGUGGACUACACAGACCCCCAGCCAGGUCUGGAAGGGGGCCGAGCCUUCUUCAAUGCCGUUAAGGAAGGAGACACGGUGAUAUUCGCCAGCGAUGACGAGCAGGACCGCAUCCUGUGGGUCCAAGCCAUGUACCGGGCCACCGGGCAGUCACACAAGCCCGUGCCCCCAACCCAGGUCCAGAAGCUCAACGCCAAGGGAGGGAACGUGCAGGCCUCUUCUCAGUUAAGUGGCCCACAAGACGCAGAUAGAGCCCAAAAGCAUGGCAUGGAUGAAUUUAUCUCGUCCAACCCCUGUAACUUUGACCACGCUUCCCUUUUUGAGAUGGUGCAACGCCUUACUUUGGAUCACAGACUUAAUGAUUCCUAUUCUUGCCUGGGCUGGUUCAGUCCUGGCCAGGUGUUCGUAUUAGACGAAUACUGUGCCCGCAAUGGAGUCCGAGGGAGCCACCGACAUCUCUGCUACCUCAGAGACCUGCUGGAGCGGGCAGAGGACGGGACCACGAUCGACCCCACCCUUCUCCACUACAGCUUUGCCUUCUGUGCGUCACAUGUCCACGGCAACAGGCCUGAUGGAAUCGGGACUGUGACUGUUGAGGAGAAGGAACGCUUUGAAGAAAUCAAAGAGAGACUCCGAGUUCUGUUGGAAAAUCAGAUUACACAUUUUAGGUAUUGCUUUCCAUUUGGUCGACCUGAAGGUGCAUUAAAAGCUACUCUGUCACUCUUGGAAAGGGUUUUGAUGAAGGAUAUUGUCACCCCAGUGCCACAAGAGGAGGUAAAAACCGUCAUCCGUAAAUGUUUAGAGCAGGCUGCUCUAGUCAACUACUCUCGUCUCUCUGAGUAUGCCAAAAUUGAAGAAAAUGUAGGCCGGUUAAUCACUCCUGCCAAAAAGCUCGAAGACACGAUCCGCCUUGCUGAGCUAGUCAUUGAAGUUCUUCAGCAGAACGAAGAGCACCACGCAGAGGGGAAAGAGGCCUUUGCGUGGUGGUCAGACUUACUGGUGGAGCACGCAGAGACGUUCCUGUCCCUCUUCGCGGUGGACAUGGAUGCAGCGCUAGAGGUGCAGCCUCCAGAUACGUGGGACAGUUUUCCAGUGUUUCAGCUGCUGAAUGAUUUUCUCCGUACCGACUAUAAUUUGCGCAAUGGAAAAUUCCACAAACACCUGCAAGACCUGUUUGCCCCACUUGUGGUUAGAUAUGUGGAUCUGAUGGAGUCCUCAAUUGCACAAUCCAUUCACAGGGGCUUUGAGCGGGAGUCAUGGGAACCAGUCAAUAACCUACCCAAUGUGAACCUACCCAAUGUGAACCUCCCUAAAGUACCAAACCUGCCAGUUAACAUCCCUCUAGGCAUCCCUCAGAUGCCUACUUUUUCGGCACCGUCGUGGAUGGCUGCUAUAUAUGAUGCUGAUAAUGGAUCAGGCACAUCUGAAGACCUGUUCUGGAAACUUGAUGCCCUUCAGACCUUCAUUCGGGACCUGCACUGGCCCGAGGAAGAAUUUGGAAAGCACCUAGAACAACGGCUGAAGUUGAUGGCAAGUGACAUGAUUGAGUCUUGUGUCAAAAGAACCAGGAUUGCAUUUGAAGUUAAGCUGCAAAAAACCAGUCGAUCAACAGAUUUCCGAGUCCCGCAGUCAAUAUGCACCAUGUUCAACGUUAUGGUUGAUGCCAAAGCUCAAGCAACAAAACUUUGCAGCAUGGAAAUGGGCCAAGAGCAUCAGUACCACUCAAAAAUAGACGAACUAAUUGAAGAAACUGUUAAAGAAAUGAUAACACUCUUGGUUGCAAAGUUCAUUACUAUCUUGGAAGGAGUGCUGGCAAAACUAUCCAGAUACGACGAAGGGACUUUGUUUUCUUCUUUUCUGUCAUUUACUGUGAAGGCCGCUUCCAAGUACGUGGACGUGCCUAAACCCGGAAUGGAUGUGGCCGACGCCUACGUGACGUUCGUCCGCCACUCUCAGGACGUCCUGCGUGAUAAGGUCAAUGAGGAGAUGUAUAUAGAAAGGUUAUUUGAUCAAUGGUACAACAGCUCCAUGAAUGUCAUCUGUACCUGGCUGACGGACCGGAUGGACUUGCAGCUUCACAUAUAUCAGUUGAAAACACUAAUUAGGAUGGUAAAGAAAACCUACAGAGAUUUCCGAUUGCAAGGGGUCCUGGAUUCCACACUGAACAGCAAGACCUACGAGACCAUCCGGAACCGGCUCACUGUGGAGGAGGCCACGGCGUCUGUGAGCGAGGGCGGGGGCCUGCAGGGCAUCAGCAUGAGGGACAGCGAUGAGGAGGAUGAGGAAGACGACUAGGCCACUCUGGCCUGGAAUCCGCUGGGACAGAGUCCUGUAAUCAAUGCAUGUCCUUAGUCUGUUAGUUAAUCCACUCGGGAACUCUCUGUCAAUCCCAUGCCCAUGAGACGUUUACCAGUACAGUUGUCAUCUUAGCUCUGUGGUACCAAGUUAGCAGCUGACCUUCAGACCCGCUGGUUUUCUUAUUUUCCUGUCCGUAUGUUUACAAGCAAUAUGGAGCACCAUUCUUUCAAUGCCGUCCACAGAGAACACAGUCAGCUCUGAGGCCCAGGCGCAGCAGCCUCGGCCAAGCGCGAUGAUGCUUUGUGCUCAGUAUCGCGUAUGCGCCGCUAGUACCAGGGUGUGAGGGCGCGUGUGCUGAGUACUCUGACUUCUCUGUUCAUGUAUGUGGAUGCCAGUUAUUUUGAUGAGUACAUAAAUAAAUUAAUUUAAUGAAGCACAUAGAUUUGCUUUGUUUUCAUUGACAAGCCAAAGGCAAGGCUCCAACAGCCAACUUUUGGUUCUUUCUGUUCCCCUAAAACUAAAACGGAAGCUGGCCCCUGCAGCCCUGUCAGCUUAUCUUUUCGUUUAUCUAUGUAGCCAAAAGAAAGAAGGCUGCACACCGACAGGUUGGUUUUCCCGCCCCGGCAAGGGGCUGUCCUGUCAUGCUUGGGGCAUGGUGGCUAUCUCCCAUCAGAGUUUAUCCUAUUAAAUGUCACAUUUUGCUUUUGUUUCAAUA